AUGGUGUCCAAGAAGAAGCCGGAUUUUGUAUUUUUGAUGGAAACGAAAGUAGCACGAAUACAUGCAGAACGAGUUCGCGUUAAAAUUGGUUACGAGGGUCUGUUUUAUGUUAAUAAUACAGGCCGCAGUGGUGGAUUGGCAUUACUUUGGAGGAAGAACAAUACUGCAAGAUUACUGGGUUACUCGAAGACACACAUUGAUGUGGAGGUGAGUAUAAGUGGUUUUCCAAACUGGAGAAUGACUUGUUACUACGGCUAUCCAGAACGAACACGGAGGACUGAGUCAUGGGAUCUAUUGAAACAGUUGGCAACACAAUCUGAGCUACCCUGGGUUGUGAUUGGCGACUUUAAUGAUCUCUUGUACCAGUAUGAGAAGAGGGGAGGAAAUCCACACCCGAACAGUCUGUUACGUGGCUUUGGAGAGACUAUGGAUCAGUGUGGUUUGGCACAGUUACCAAUGAGUGGUAAUCAGUUCACAUGGCAAACGGGCAAAGGCACUCCUGGAUGGAUUCAGGAAAAAUUGGAUAAGGUACUGGUCACUAACCGCUGGAGGGAUAUUGUGAAUGGGGCCACAGUUGCAAAUCAAUGGACUAGACGGUCUGACCACUCAGCUAUCUUCAUGGGGAUUCGGCAAUAUGGGGGUAGGAGGGCUGGGGGCCGAAGGUUUCGUUUUGAGAUGGCGUGGCUCUAUGAUGAGGGAUGUAGAGCGGUAGUGGCUGAGUCAUGGGAGGAGGGAAGAGAUAGGGGAGCACAAGGCUCGGAUCUAUGCCGAGUGGAGAUGCAGGAGGAUGCAUACUGGAAGCAGAGAGCCAAACAGCACUGGCUCAAGGAUGCGGAUGCCAACACGAAGUUUUAUCACAGGUAUGCCUCGAACCGAAGGAAUAAGAAUACUCUAGUUAAAAUUAUGAAUGAUAGUGGUGAAUGGAUGGAAGGGGAUGAUAUGGCGGGUGUAGUUCUGGAUUAUUUUAAACGCAUUUUUACAACUAAUAAUCCUGUAAGCGGUGAUCUGAUCUAUAACAAUGUUACGCCACGAGUCACUCGGGCACAGAAUGAGGUAUUAAUGCGACCCUUUGAGGUUGGUGAGGUGAAAGAUGCUCUGUUUGAAAUGUAUCCCGAUAAGGCGCCAGGGCCGGAUGGGAUGAACCCGGGCUUUUAUCAAAGUUUUUGGGAUAUUGUAGGAGGGGAUAUCUCGGCUUUUGUUGUAGACUGUCUGAAUACAAACUCAUUGCCACCAGGUUUGAAUAAUACCGAUGUUGUAUUAAUUCCUAAGAAAGAUGUCCCUGAACAGGUCACUGAUUUGAGACCAAUAGCGCUUAGUAAUGUCAUUUAUAGAAUUAUGGCCAAAAUGAUAACCCGGAGGAUGAAACCCCUAAUGGAUAGUAUUAUAUCUGAAUCCCAGAGUGCUUUUAUACCAGGCAGGUUGAUAACGGAUAAUAUUUUGAUUGCCUCAGAGGUAGGCCAUUAUUUGAACAGGAAACAGUGUGGUGUGGUUGGUUGGGGUGCCUUAAAAUUAGAUAUGGCAAAAGCUUAUGAUCGGAUGGAAUGGCCAUUUUUAAAAGGCAUGAUGAUGGCACUCGGGUUUAAUGACAAGUGGAUUGAACUUAUUAUGACGUGUGUUACGACGGUGUCCUAUAAUUUCCUGGCACAAGAAAUGAGCUUAAUACAUGGAUGCAGAGUAGCAAGGGGUGCUCCGCCUAUCUCCCAUCUUUUCUUUGCUGAUGAUAGCUUAUUAUUUUUUAAAGCAACUGUGCAGGAGGCAAAUGAAAUUAAAGGAUGUCUAGCUCUAUAUGAAAGUAUGUCUGGGCAAGCUGUUAAUUACCAUAAAUCCAGUAUAUGCUACAGUAAGAAUACAACAGAGGAGAUCAAGGAAAAUGUGGCACAAGCUCCUAACUUUGGAAAGUACCUUGGAUUGCCAUCAUUCAUUGGAAGGAAUAAGAAAGCUGCAUUUGCUUAUAUAGAGGACAAAAUCAGACAGAGAAUAGGAUCUUGGAACAAGAAACUAUUAUCGCAGUUGAUGAAUAGAUAUUGGUGGGGCUCAGGGACUGACCAGAAAAUCCAUUGGAAAGCCUGGGAUAAGUUAUGUAUACCCAAGAAGUAUGGUGGAUUGGGUUUUAAAGACCUAAGAGCGUUCAAUGUGGCACUGUUGGGAAAGCAAGUUUGGAGGCUAUUGACCAAUACAGACUCUUUGGUUUCUAAAGUUUAUAAGGCCAGAUAUUAUCCUAACCAGUCUUUUACUGAUGCAAUUCUAGGAAACAAUCCAAGUCACUGUUGGCGGAGCAUUAUGACGGCGAAGAGUUUAAUUUGCAGUGGGGUGAGAAGACGAAUUGGGAACGGAGAUUCUACCUUUGUGUGGGGACACCCGUGGUUGCAAGAUAAAGAUGACCCCAUGAUCCAGACAGAAAUGCCACUUCAACUGAGUAAUGCCAGAUAUCCCCAAGCUAUGAUGACAUGUGGUAUUGGCAUGGAGACCCCAAAGGCAAUUACACGGUUAAACAUGGGUAUAGGUGUAUGGUGGGAAAUUAUGAAAAUAUUGCAAAUGUGGGAUUUGCAAAGUGGCUCACAUUGUGGAAAUAGAAAAUACCACCCAAAUGGAAAACCUUUCUAUGGAGGGCUUUGA